UUGCAAAUUCAAAUUCAUUCGUCAACAGACUCUCGUGCGAUUCGGUUCAGCUUCAGCGCUCUCUCUCUGUCUCUCAGUGUGCCUGUCUCAGACUGUCAGCUUUCAGGCAAAAGCAACAGCAGCAGCAAAAGCAGCUUAAACACUAACAUAGUAGUCGAGCACUAUAGCAUCACAGCGACAGUGACAGUCAACGAUUUGAACGUGAAGCGGCAACAACAGCCAAAGAACAUCCAAGAGCCAAAAGCCAAAAGCAACAAACACUUAACGCGCGUUUACGGUUAGAAUUUGAAAAGAAAUAUACAUAUAUACCAUAUAUAUACAUAUAUAUAUAUAUAUAUAUAUAACGUACAUAAAAGAAUAUCGUGGGUGCGUGUGUGUUUGUUUGAUUGUUCCUCUUUUCUUUUUUUUUUGCUGUGCCACAAAAGCCAAAAAGGUGUUUGCAUUCGACAGUUUUGUGCCUGUUUCGGGUAGAAAGUUUUUGAAUUCCUCGUUUCAAAAAAGAAGAAAAAUAAAUAAAAAACCGAAAUAGAGAAUCGGGUGGAACGCAUCAAUUUCCUGCUUGGACCUGUCAGCAAUCUAAAAAGCUACCUGGGAUUAGCUGUGACACAUAAUCCGUAAAUUACAACAGCAAUAACAACAACAACUUCCUUAAUAACAGAAACGAGAACAAAAAAAGAAAACCCUAAAAAAAGAACGGUAAAAGACGAAAGAAGGCAAAAGUCCAGAAGUUGAGUGUUGAACUGAGCGAAGACAAGAUGCGUCGCUCCUCAUUCACGCCCGUGUUCAAUUUGAGCACUCAAGAGCCGUUGAUUGUCGUCGAGGAGUCGCAUGCCGCCGAGGAUGGUGACGAUCUGGAGGGCGCCGCCGGCGGGUGUGAUCCCACAGCGACCAAGCGGAGUAACAGCGAUGAUUCCGAGCCGGACUCACCGGUUAAUCCGUAUCUGCUCUGCCCCUUCCCCGAUAUGCAGCAGCGACGCAAGCAUUCGUUGCCAUCGCUGCAAAUAACCGAGGGCAUUACCGCCAGCCAGGUGCGACGUCUAUCGGAGGUGGGCGGCGAGACGGGUGGCCUCAGUCCCAAGGAGGUUGAAUUUUUGGCCACGCUAUCGCAGAAGGCCAAUCCAACCGCAGGCGGUCGCCGGCAUUCGGUGGUCACCAUAUCGGCGGUGCCCCCAACGCUUUUCGGACGCAAUCGGCGUGAGUCCAUUUCCGCUGUUUCGUUCAGUGGCAGUCGUCGGGGCAGCGUCAUCGCUGGACCACCGUUGACCGAUCAUCGCGGCAGCAUUCACAACUUGCAGCUGGACAUUAUGGAUGGGAUUGUGCAGCAGCGCAAGACUCGCAGCGGCAGCGGCGUUUGGGCAGCACCCUUAAUCCAGGAGGCGGAUAGCAAUGUGCCCGUGCAGACAUAAGCGAUUGCAGCAACAGCAGCAACAGCAACAGAAGCGAGCACAAACCACAAGUAAUGGGCACACACACACACACACGCACACAAACAAGUAGAGAAAGUGGAAAAGGAAAGGAAACGGAAAUGGAUACACGCACAAGACAAAACACGGAUGGCGAAUUGACGAAUUGGCGAGAGCAGCUGGACGAAACAAGCGCAUGUUUAUUAACAUUUUCUUUUCUUUUCUCUUUUUCAUGGAUGCCUCAGCUCUUUUCCCUGCUCUCACUCACUCUCCCCCUCUCAAUCUCUCUUGUUUUUUGGCUUGGCAGCGACAACGCUUAAAAUAAACAAACAAACAAACCACAAUUGCAAAAAACCAAAAUGAAAAUGAAGUCGCGCGUCACCAAAAAUGGUUGAAAUUGAAACAAGAGCGAUAAACAAAGACAGAGAAUGAACGCAAAAAGACAGAGAAAGACAGAGGUAAAGAGACAGGAGUGGGAGAAGAGUGAGAGGAAUUUGCUGAAAUGAGCAACAGCGAAAAAGUAAAUAUAAACGAAAAAUGAUAACAGCAAUUUGCACACGUGCGAUAACAAAAAAAAAAUAUGGAAACCUAAUAAAAUUAAAAAAAAAUCCUCAACAAAUUUAGGCAAUUGAUUGAAAGCGAAUACAAAAGGAAAGUCGAAAAAGGUUUUGUGUUAAAUAAAAAAAUUAUAAUAAAAUAUAAUUUACCAUCAAUUUUAUAAAGAUGAAAAACUUUUGCGUUAAAAAGAAAUAUUAAGACAUUAAUUUUACAUAAUUUAUAAUCAAUUUUAAUACUCGAAAAGGUUUUGUGUUUCAUAGAAA